GCUGCCCCGUGCGUGUGUGGGAGGUGAGGGGGGGGGGGGGAGGAGUGGGGGAUGUCGAGCCGGUUCUGGAGGUGGUACGCGGACCGGCAGUUCCACAAGUGGGAGAAGACGGUGUUGUGGGACAUGGUGGAGCCCUACCGCCCGCCGCGCUCCUUCGCGCCGCUCGUCGGCACCUACGUCGCCGCCUUCUACACCGGGGUCGUCGCCGCCGCCGUCACUGAGCAGCUCUACAAGGAGAAGUACUGGGAGGAUCACCCCGGCGAGGCCGUGCCCAUCAUGCCGCCCAAGUUCUACUGGGGCCCGUGGAGGGUGAUGAACGGAGAAGUUCCCCGCCUUGUCCAGCCACCUGAUGAGGCCAAGGCGGCGUAGAGCCGUCCAGGUUGAUGGAAAUCUUUUGACAGAUGAUGCUUGUGUCUGGUCCCUCGAGGUUGAUGGAAUAUCCUGCAAGAUGAACCGCUCUAAGUGUAGUUACAUAUGCCUCUACUGUAAUUUCUCGUGUGGGUGAGUAGACGACGGCAUGAUGCGCCUUGGAGUGCUAGUUCGCGUCUGUGCAUCUUCCACAUGAAUGAAACUGAUUGUAUUGCUUUGGCUUUUUUAAAUAAUAAAUUAAAAAAACUAGUACAACA